AAUUGAACACACCUCUCCGAUCAUGUUCUAGUGUGAUGCAAUAACAAGAACCGGUUGAUAGACUUUCGAAAACUCGUGACAUAGUAACUAGAAAUUUCAUAAUUAUUUUAUAAAUAUUACCAUUUCAUAAUUAUUUCAUAAAUAUUACCAACGUGAUCAAUUGGAUAAAAAAAAUUCCAGGCAUAUAUAAGCAAGGUUAAUUAAGUGACAUGUUAUUAUUAAAUGAUAAGCAGGAUUAUUUUUGUGGAGACAUUUUUAUCAUAAUACCACGUGCGUUAUUCUUUUCUUAUGAAUUAUCACACGAGUGCGAUAAUUGAUGACUGGCUCACUUCGAGAGAUUAUUUUGUGGAAGAUUUCAUAGUGUUGUGUCAGUGUAGUUUGAAAUCAUCUCUCAACGAUGAAUAAAAUAAGUAAUAUGUCGAUGGACAUCGAUUUGGAUGAUCCGAGGUUUCGUAUUAGACCGUAUCAACAAAUCAUAGCUUCUUGUACUGGUGCAUUUAUUACAUCGGUAUUUGUUACUCCUUUAGAUGUAGUAAAAAUACGUCUUCAAACACAACAGAAAGCAAUGCUUUCAAACAAAUGUUUUCUGUACUGUAACGGCUUGAUGGAUCAUUUAUGUCCUUGCACUAAUGGUAAAAUGCCUGAGUGGAUGAAAAGGAAUGGAAAAUUCAAUGGAACAAUAGAUGCUUUAAUAAAAAUAAGUAAAACAGAAGGAUUAACAUCAUUAUGGAGUGGAUUGAGUCCUACUCUUAUUCUAGCUGUCCCUGCUACUAUUAUAUAUUUUGUUUCGUAUGAACAAUUAAGAUUAUAUCUCAAGGACACAUAUAAUAAAAAAUUUAGGGGAAAGACAAUUAAUAUGGAGCAACCCUUUUGGAUUCCCAUGGUGGCUGGUGGUACAGCACGAAUCUGGGCUGCAACAUUAGUGAGUCCUGUAGAGUUGAUAAGAACAAAAAUGCAGUCGCAGAGGCUGAGUUAUUCAGAAAUAACACAGGCGUUGAAAACUGUUGUAAAAUAUAGUGGUAUAUCUGGGUUAUGGAUGGGUUUAGGAUCGACACUUCUUCGCGAUGUCCCAUUUAGUGCUAUAUACUGGUUAAAUUAUGAAUAUAUAAAGCGAAUGUUUUUUACUACACAUACACAGAGCGCACAGUACAGCUUUACUUUCAACUUAGCGGCAGGAGCAGUAGCUGGAUCAGUAGCAGCAUUUUUUACUAUACCAUUUGAUGUUGUAAAGACACACAAACAAAUUGAAAUGGGUGAAAAAGAAAUUUAUUCUGAUAAGCCUAGUCGCAGUAGCAAUACAUGGUCUAUAAUACAAAAAAUUUAUCAUCAAAAUGGAUUGAAAGGUUUAUUCACAGGAUUGACACCACGCUUGGUGAAAGUAGCUCCAGCUUGUGCUAUUAUGAUUGCGACUUUUGAACAUGGCAAACGUUUUUUCCAAUCGUAUAACGCUAACAAAGCUCUCGAAUUCGAAGUUGAUCAUGAUAUAAAAUUAUUGCAACACAAAUCUAAUAGUACAGAAUGACAUGUCUACCAUAGUGAAUUAUACAAAUCUUUAAUAAAUUUUAAUUUAAAAUCUA